UCGUCCAGUCAUAAUAAAUCGUACAUGACAAGUGCAUUCAUAUAUAUUUAACUUCGCUGAAUUAAACUUUAGCUGUGACAUUUUAUUCUCUUUCUGAUUUUUCCAAAAAUGAAUCUAAUUUGAGCUAAAAAUUGUGAGUUUUGCUAAAUAAAAUCAUGAAACGAAUCACUGGAAGUAUCAUCGUGUUAGCCACGGUAGCAAUAAUUUUGCUAGCCAUCGUAACAAUGAACUUGGCUCAGGAUGAGAUGAUAGAGAAAGAUCCAAAUGUAGCAACAUUUUUGGCAAAUGAACAAAACGCCCCGAGUCAAUUGGAACUAGAUGAUCCAAAAUUUCAACAAUUUCCAUCAACACAACCAUCCAUAUCCCCCUUGGAACUUCGAACUGGGGAAAUUCUGCAAGAAUAUCCUUUCCUAACAAGCGAUCAAGCUCGUCUCAUGGCAGCCCGACAAAUUAGUCGACAAGUAUCGACCCCUCCUCCUUCCCCUCCCCCCGAAAAUUGCACAACACUACCAAAGUUGGUUAAGAAGACGGGAGACAAGACCCCACUAGAUUUACACCAUUUACUCGAAACUGGCUCUAAGCAACUUGAACUUGGACAAGAACGGGACGUGAUUCUCGUCCUGGGCAACACCGGCUCGGGCAAGACAACCGUGACCCAAAUCUUGGCCGGAAAUCUGAGCCGACUCCACGCCGUGAGGACGAGCGGAGGGGGCAUGGUCAUCAUUGACGAUGACGACCGCAUCGGUAUGCCCACCACGAAUUCAAAAACUCUAAUCCCCGAGCUCGUCAUACGGAAAAAUGAAAAUUCAUCCACCACCGCAUUUUACGACUGCCCUGGAUUUUCCGACUCUCGCGGAGCAGAAAUGGACAUUGCGGCGACAUAUUUUACAAAGUCAGUCACAGAUCAUGCCAAAUCAGUCAAGCUGCUCUUCCUCGUAAUUCACUCUUCCGUUCAACUGGGGUAUGAUCGGCUCGAUUUUGUCAGGUUGGUCAACCACGUAGUAAAAUUUGUGAAAAAUAUUUCAAAAUUUGAGCAAGGAAUUGGCCUCGUGGUCACAAAAGUUAACAGAUUUUCAAGCUCGGAUGGUAGUUAUUUAAACGAUGAGACAAUUAUUGGAGGAAUUGUGGAGUUUUUGAAAGAAUUUAGACAAUCUUUGGUAAAUCAGAGGGAUACGAAUGGGACAGGAUUGAUAAAAAUUAGUGCAGAAGAGGUUAAUGAUAGGUCAGAAUUGGAGAAUAAGAUUGCGUUCCUCAAUGCAAUCCUAGCUCAGGAUGAGAACGGCAAUUUCCAAAAGAUUGGAUUUGUAAGCAGUCCGGAUAAGUGUGGACCGCUGAGUGAGUCAGCCGGAGUAAAAGCUAGCAAAGAGAAAAUGACCACUUUAUACGAAAAUUUAGAAUUUGUAGCAAAAUCUGGGAACGAUUUCGGAUUCACACUUCGCCCUGAAUCGAUCAUUACGGUGAUGGAUUAUGAGGAGGAUACGCAAGUAAACUUGGUCAAUUUAGGGGGAAAGGUUGUGAAAAAGAUUUUGGGCAUUGAAAUUAGUAAGACCACGAAAGUCGGUAAUCUUCAGGUAAAACUUGCCGCCACCAAGGAGCAGAUUUUAUUGUUAAAUGAGGUGGAAAAAAAUUUGGCAAACUGCUCAGUAACGGCGGAUUUUAUCGCCAUUCUGAAAAAUUUGUGUCAAAAGUUAGAUAUUUUUCUUGGAUUAAACGUAGAAGAAAAUCUUGUCGGGCAGGAAAGCUAUCUGCAAUUCUUUGAACAUGUAUCUCAAACAAGUAAGCCUAGAGAAUACGGAAAACUGUCUCAAAUUAUAGGCCAAUUUGCAGAUGAGAGUAACAAAUUGGCGAAAUGGUACGAAUUCCUUUCCUCCGUUUAUGACCAGGUUGGUAAAUAUUCUGUACAAAUUGGUGCAGAUAAGCUUUACUCUAAACUUAAUGGUAGAAUUAGUGAAAGUGAUACAAACUUAAUGUCUCUCGUUAACUCCACCCUGCUCAGAGUCCCGGAUGAAAUAAUGCAAAUAUUUAAUACUCAAGUAGAAGAGGGGCACUCUCAACUGCGGAAAAUACUCAAAUUUGCAUUUACCCCACCAAUCGUAUCCUGUACAUCGUCAGAGAUUACCAUUGUGGGAAGUUUUAUUAAAUUGAGUGACUAUUUUCCCCACGGAAAAUUUGUCAAUGAAGGAGACUGCUCUCUUCCAAAAACGAUUGUCAUAAUUGCAACUCACACAUUAUUCGUGGACGCAGAUAUUUCUGAAGGUCAGGGGUUUGAUAUUUCUGCAAUUUCCGCCAAAUGGGAAGUUAUAGGGACCAGGAUAAUCUCGCUGGAUGGAUCCAGUGCUGGGUCACAUACUCCACAAAAAGUGGGAAUUUUCAGUGGCCACGGUCUUCCCGGAAUGGAUGGUGAGAAUGGCGGAGAAUUUUACGGGAUAGGAAAAUACUUCAUAAAUCCGGAGCAUUUAACCAUCUCGGCUAACGGGGGUCGAGGUGGUGACGGGCAGGACGGUGGGGACGGUGCGAGAGGUCAGGAUAGUCGUGAUGUCAGCUAUUACAGCGAUUUCUCAUCCUGCUUUAAUAUGAACCAAAAUGAGCUCGAUCUCACAUUGCUCGUUUGGUCAAAGUCGCAUAGAACGAUUUACGCUGGUUUUGCAGGUUCCGGGGGGCAUGCGGGUAACGGUGGGGCGUCUGGCGUGGCUGGAAGGGCGGGAAAUGUCAAAUUGUACACGACCAAUCAGACUAACCAGGUCAACAUUAUUUCCAAAGGGGGUGAAAUGGGGAAUCCUGGAAAGGGUGGAAUCGGAGGCGUGGGUGGCGUGAGAGGAAACGGUUUAACCUGCAAUAUACAAUGGAUCACAGUGUUUUGUUACUAUUCGAGCUGUAGCACAAUUUAUGAUAACAGAAGGUCCGCAGAAGGGCACGAUGGGAAGGAAGGAGCCAAAUUAAGUGCACCACCUCCAGUCACUACAAUCCAAAGAGAAAUGUCACCUCUUCAUCUCAACUUGUUUAAAGAUUUCGCAUCCCGAUCACCCUGUCCUGUUGGGGAUCAUGAAUUUGAGACCUGGCUGGAAUCUGACGCCACGAUUGGAAAUUUGUAUGACACUGACGCCUUGGUAGAAGAGGUUUUAGCGGCGAUAACAAAUGCAAAGAGUUUCGAAACCAGGGGAGAAAAUGAUGACGAUGACUUUUCUUCAGUCUACUUGCAAUCCUUGUUGGGUAGGAUAGAAGGUCACGCGACCAGAAAUAAUGACAUCACCACUGUCCAAAUUGGCCUCCACUUGUAUUCCGCCCUUCUCAGCACACUCUCUGCACGACGGGAUAGACACUCCUCCAGUAAAAAUGUCGUUGUCGAUACGACCGGUUAUUUUAACUUGAUGUCCACCACGCUAACCACGCUGGCAACUUCGGAUGCAAGACUCGCUUUGAAACAGAUCAAUCGAAAAUACUCAGCUGAACUGGAUUAUAAAAUUGAAACGGUUAUGGAAACAGUGUCAAAAUUUGAGCAAGAAGUUCAAUCCAUUCAGGCAGAGGUUAAUAAUGCGACGAACAUAUUUCUCGGAGAUGUCGCCCAUUCGUUACAGGCAAAAACGGAAAUUAGUCCUCGAGAUAAUAAUGGCACUAUUUCUUUCAGGGGAAUUUUAAAAAUUGUUAGUUCUAUCGCCGUUGCUAUAUCCUUUCUGGGAGAGAAUGCUGCAAUUCUAGGGAAAAUAAUCACUUCCGGGGAUCAAAUUGUGGAGGGCUUUCUCUCAUCGUCUCAUAAUACGGUAGAAAUGCCGGACUUUCUGAACAGCAAUGGUCCUCAUGUAGUGCACGUGGCCACGAACAAAUUAUCCUUGCUGAUUAACGCGACUGAAUCUUUGAUAAGAAACCCGGCAGUGGCAGGGGCAGAUCUGUCCGGAAUUUCGCAAAUUGCAGAAGAAUCCCGGCAAAUUUGUGACAAACUUAACUUUGACGAGGAAACGGGUAGUGGAAAUAGCGUCUUAAAUUUUUUGUUGUCCGAACAAGGCUGCAAUCGUAUCUUGAGCACGUGGAACUCACUAAGCAACCUGUUUGGGGAGGAAGUUCAACUUUUGAUCAAAUCCGUGUUUAAAUUUGCUCUAAAUAAUUCUGAAAAUCGGCCUGGUGAAAGUCGUCCCACUCUGCUUUCCCCAUCGACGGAAAAACAGUUUGAACUGGAAAACAAGAUCUACACCAACUUCAUCCCAUUGAUUCAGCAAAUGCAGCACGAUUUACGAAAUGUUACUUUCUCCUCGUCCCCACACGUUAAAAAAUACCGGGUUGGUCACGUCUUGCAAAAUAUUCGGAAAGAGAUGAAAUCCAUCGCCACGCUUGGUGGUAGCGAAGGACAAUUAAUCUCCAUCCUGGACAAAUUAGAGCAAGCCGUUCUUCUCAAUAUCAACCUGUACUCGGAAAUUAGUUACUUCCAGGAACAGAAACGCUUGGGUGACUACAUCUCCAAGUUGCAUACCGUUCCAUUGCAAAAAGUCGGAAAUAUUUCAAACAUCAAACUGGCCACGACUUUGUCCCAGUUAGACCGCCAAAUCCACCUUGACCUUCUCCUCUUCCAGUAUCGCAUCGGUUUAGCGGCAUUCCAACAAUGGGUCUUUCCCUUUGCGGAUAUGUACCUCCGUGACCUCAUGAUCCCUCCGACCUUUCCCACGCUAAAUAUUUCCGACGCCGGGCAACUCUUGACCAACAGGGUGACCACGCUCACGCAACGCUUAAACGACUACAAAACUCAAAUCGUUGGCGGGCAUGACACUUUUCUUCUGCAUAAUCGAUUUUCAUCCAGUUUGAAAUCAUCGCGUCCAUUUUACACGUGGAAAAGUGAAAGAUGGGAGGAUUCAAUUAGGGAUUUUCUGGCAGGUGAGGAGGUUCAACUUCUCGCUGACAUUGGGUCCAGUCCUGGGGGUAAAGAUGCCGUUAAAUUUACCGAGAUUGAGCUCAAUUUUAAAUUCAGUGAGGAAAAUUCCAAGAGAGAAAGUGAUUUUAUGGAUGAGUUGAAACACUUUGGCGUCUCUUUGAUCCACUCGGGCCUGUCAUAUUAUCGUUACAAGGAGGAGGUAUUUCUCAUCUGGGGGCAGAAUGUGACCCUGAGGUAUAAUUUUGAGAAGAGCGAGGGUCGCUACACGGGAAGGAAUGGAGUCGUGGAGAAGUUGAGGAAGGGUGACUUUCUCCUGAGUCCGUAUGCCAUGUGGACGAUGAGGUUGUACAGGGUGAAUGGAAAUGAGGGGAGUUUUAAAAAUUUGCAGAGAUUUGCACCACUUAUUGAUUUGGAGUUGGAAGGUACAGGGACGUACGUGGACGAUAAGGUAGGUGGAGUUAGGGGGGACUUGAAGCUGAGAGAGUACUAUGAAAAAGAUGCGAUCGAGAGGUGGGAUGAGAUUGGGAAUGAUAAGUAGUGUAAGAAAUCGUGUUUUAUAUAUUUAUAUGAAAGUAUUAAUUAAUAAAAUUACAUGCUUAUUUGUAUACGAACUUUGACAUGAUGCAUUUUAACUUAUAGAGACAAUCUAUUUAAGAUUGUAGUUUUGCAUUGAAAUCUUGAGCUUGUCUAUUUUAGAAUAAACUAAUUCAUGAAUUUAAUUUUUUUAAUUACGAAAGUUUGUGAUUGUUUGUGAAUUAACGAGGCAAAUGUACAUAUUUAUAUCGUAGAUAAUAUGAUUGAAAUUGUACUUAUGGAAUAAAUACGUGGAAAUGAAUAAAAAUAAUCACAUCAAUUUAUAUUUACAAAUAUAUGUAUUUUAUGCUAAUAAAGUAUUUUUAUUUCCAAUGAAACAA